GGUUAGUCGCCAUAUUUUGACGAGUCGAAGUAGGAAGCCCACACCCUUGAAGAUUAGAUCGCUUCUAUCGUAUUGAAGUGUGCUAAUAAGGCAGGAAAAACGAAAAUUGACUACGUGAAGAACCUAACCUUGGAAGAUGUCAAACCCAGGAGACAUCCAGCCAAAGGAAAUAAAGAUCCUUGAGACAGCGGAUGACAUCCAGUAUAGGAGAGACGAAGUGCUGAGCCACUAUGAAUCGUUCAAAGAGUUGGCGAGGCUGAAGCGGGAGCGCCUUGAAGACAGUCGCCGUUUCCAGUUCUUCAAGCGCGAUGCCGACGAGUUGGAGUCGUGGAUCAACGAGAAGCUGCAGACUGCCUCCGACGAGAGCUGGAAGGACCCGACCAACCUGCAGGCGAAGAUCCAGAAGCACCAGGCGUUCGAAGCCGAGGUUGCCGCGCACAGUAACGCCAUAACUGUGCUCGACAGCACCGGCAUGGAGAUGAUCAACAACGCUCACUUCGCAUCCGACGUGAUCAAGGCGAGGGACCGCAAGGCGUGGCUGGACGACAGCUACUUCCUGCAGCGCUUCUUCUCGGACUUCCGCGACCUCGUCUCGUGGAUCCGCGACAUGAAGGCCAUCAUCUCGGCCGACGAGCUCGCCAAGGAUGUCGCCGGCGCCGAGGCCCUGCUGGAGCGCCACGCCGAGCACAAGGGAGAGAUUGACGCGCGGGAGGACAGCUACCAGGCGACGGUGGAGUCCGGCGACAAGCUGCUGGAGCUGGGACAGAACGUCGACGACGUUCGUGAGAAGCUCGUCGUGCUCGCCAACGAGAAGGACUCGCUGCUCACGUUGUGGGAGGAGCGGCGCAUCCUCUACGAGCAGUGCAUGGACCUGCAGCUGUUCUACCGCGACACCGAGCAGGCCGACACCUGGAUGGCCAAGCAGGAGAAAGAUGGUGGUCUCGGUGGAGGUGGGUGUGCAGUUCGCAGUCACGUUACUGCUUUUGUUCUGAGCGUCGCUCUAAGAGCUGCUACUCACUGGGCGCAGUUACUGCGAGAUCCAGCGCUUCGAGAGAUGGCGGCCCACACUGUCUCGACGCCGGACGCGAAUAUUACGCAAUGCUGGCGUGGAUGCAACGAGAAGGACGGCCAGUCUAUGUCGUCGGACGACGUCGUCAGGACCUCGAGCGAAGGCGUGCAGGCGCUGCAAGUUAAGUGGGGUCUGGCCGCGAAAAUGUCAUGUUGUAUUUUGCGGAAGUCCCAGAAUAUCACCGUCGUGGCAGCCGCGCACGACUUCGACAUGCAAAUUAACGCAAGGGAAUCAGCUCGUUCAAGCGUGUGUGCUAAGAUGCGUCUGGAGGAGCUUCACCGUCUGUGGGCGCUGCUGCUGGAGAGGCUGAGAGAGAAGGGGCUGCGGCUGGAGCAGGCACAGAAGCUGGUGCAGUACCUGCGCGAGUGUGACGACGUGCUCUACUGGAUCACCGACAAGGAGGCAUACGUGACGGCCGAGGAGUUUGGAGUCGACCUGGAGCACGUCGAGAUAAUGCAGAAGAAGUUCGACGACUUCCAGAAGGACCUGGUCAACUACGAGGACCGCGUGAACGAGGUGAACCAGACCGGCGAGAAGCUGAUCCAGGACGGACACCCGGAGGAUGAUACCAUCAACAACAAGAAGCAGUCGCCACUCGACGACCGCAAGGGCAAGCUGGCCGACUCGAUCCGCGUGCAGCAGCUGUUCAGGGACAUCGAGGACGAGGAGGCGUGGAUUCGCGAGAAGGAGCCGAUCGCAGCGUCGACCAACCGCGGCCGCGACCUCAUCGGCGUGCAGAACCUGCAGAAGAAGCACCAGGCCCUGCUGGCGGAGAUCGGGGGCCACGAGAACAACGUGCAGGACGUCUGUGAGCAGGGACAGCAGAUGAUCAACGAGGGACACUUUGCCGCCGAGGACAUCUCGACCAAGGUCAACGGCCUCGUCGACAAGUGGCAGCAGCUGAAGGAUAAGGCUGGGCAGAGGGAGCAGGAUCUGCAGGACUCCCUGGAGGCACACCAGUACUUUGCCGACGCGAAUGAAGCCGAGUCCUGGAUGAGGGAGAAGGAGCCCCUGGUGGCCAACAUCGACUACGGCAAGGACGAGGACUCGGCUGAGGCCCUGUUGAAGAAGCACGAGGCGCUCAUGUCGGACCUGGAAGCGUUCAGCAGCAGCAUUGACGCGCUGCGUGAGCAGGCGCAGGCCUGCAAGGAGGCGCCCGUCAUCGACGAGACGGGCAAGGAGUGCGUCGUCGCGCUCUACGACUACACGGAGAAGAGCCCGCGCGAGGUCUCCAUGAAGAAGGGCGACGUGCUCACUCUGCUCAACAGCAACAACAAGGACUGGUGGAAGGUGGAAGUCAACGACCGUCAGGGCUUUGUGCCGGCGGCUUACGUGAAGAAGAUCGACGCGGGCCUGUCGUCUAGCCAGGACAGCCUGAAGGACCGCGAGAACACCGUCGCUGCGCGCCAGAAGCAGAUCGAGGACCAGUACGCACACCUGCUGGACAUGGGCCGUCAGCGCAAGGACAAGAUCGAGGAGUCGCGCAAGGCGUUCAUGCUCGUGCGCGAGGCAGCCGCGCUCGCAGACUGGAUCAAGAACAAGGAGAACAUCGCUGCUUCCGAGGAGAUCGGCGAAGACCUAGAGCAAGUUGAGGUCAUGCAGAAGAAGUACGAUGAUUUCCAGAAGGAUCUCAAAGCGAACGAGGUGCGUCUGAUUGAGAUGAACGAGGUUGCCACGAAGCUGGUGAGCAUGGGUCAGACCGAAGCCGCCGUCAACAUACAGACACAGAUGGAGGACCUGAACCAGCGCUGGACGGAUCUUGCAGACCCUCAAUACUUGAGCGCACAGAUAAGGUCGGCUUCCUGCGCCACGAGGUUCAACGAUUUCAAUAGAGAUGCUGAGGAGACGAUGGACUGGAUCAACGAGAAGGACAACGCGCUGAACACGGACGACUCUGGGCGCGACCUUGCCACCGUGCAGACACUGCAGCGCAAGCACGAGGGCCUGGAGCGAGACCUCGCCGCCCUCGGUGACAAGGUGAAGGAGAUGACGAGCUGCCUAACGGCGCAAUCAUCGCAGAACCACCCAGAGCACCGUACGGAGAUCGACGCGCGCGCCGGCACCUUCCAGGCGGUCGACAUGUUCGGUCAGCAGCUGCUGCAGGACGAGCACUACGCGAGUCCUGAGGUGGAGGAGAAGCUGCAGGAGAUCAACAUGGCGCGCGAGGACCUUGAGAACGCGUGGGCGGCGCGUCGGCAGCAGCUGGACCAGUGCCUCGAGCUGCAGCUGUUCUACCGCGACUGCGAGCAGGCCGAGGCGUGGAUGGCUUCGCGCGAGGCCUUCCUGAAGAGCGACGACGUUGGCGGCGGCGGCACGGCCGACAGCGUCGAGGCCCUCAUCAAGAAGCACGAGGACUUUGACAAGGCGAUCAACCAGCAGGAGGAGAAAAUCGGCGCGCUCAACACGUUUGCCGAGCAGCUGAUCGGCGCCGAGCACUACGACGGGCCGGCGAUCGACGACAAGCGCAACCAGGUGCUCGAGAGGUGGGCAUCGCUGAAGCAGGCUCUGAUCGAGAAGCGCAGCAAGCUCGGCGAGUCGCAGAACCUGCAGCAGUUCUCGCGUGACGCCGACGAGAUCGAGAUGUGGAUCAGCGAGAGGCUACAGAUGGUCGGCGACGAGGCGCUCAAGGACCCGACCAACAUCCAGGCGAAGCACCAGAAGCACCAGGCGUUCGAGGCCGAGAUGGCCGCCAACCAGGACCGCGUGCAGGCGCUGCUCACCGUCGGCCAGAACCUGCUGGAGAAGGGUAAGUGUUCUGGCAGCGAGGAUGCGGUGCAGGCGCGCCUCAUGGAGAUCGCCGAGCAGUGGGAGACGCUGACGAGCAAGUCGACCGAGAAGAGCAUGAAGCUCAAGGAAGCCAACAAGCAGCAGUCGUACAACGCCGCCGUCAAGGACCUCGAGUUCUGGCUCGGAGAGGUCGAGACAAUCGUGUCGAGUGACGACUACGGAAAAGACUUGGCUUCUGUGCAGAACAUGCUCAAGAAGCAUCAGCUGGCUGAAGCCGACAUCGCUGUCCACGAGGACCGCAUGAACGAGAUGAACAAGCAGGCAGACGAGCUCGCCGACAGCGAGCAGUUUGACGCCGACGCGAUCCUCGAGCGCAAGAACUCGAUCAACACGCGCUUCGAGCACAUCCGCGGGCUGGCGACGGGCCGGCGCGACCGGCUGAACGAGGCGCACACGCUGCACCAGUUCUUCCGCGACCUCGACGACGAGGAGUCGUGGAUCCGCGAGAAGAAGCUGCUCGUCAGCUCGGACGACUACGGCCGCGACCUCAACAGCGUGCAGAACCUGCGCAAGAAGCACAAGCGCUUCGAGGCGGAGCUGUCCAGCCACGAGCCGGCCAUCCAGGCGGUGCAGGACGCGGGCCGCAUGCUGAUGGAGGAAUCGACACUGGGCACCGAGGAGAUUCAGAACCGCUGCGGCCAGCUCGGCGACAGCUGGUCACAGCUACGCAGCAUGUCCUCACAUAGGGGCCAGAAGCUGGACGAGUCGCUCACCUACCAGCAGUUUGUGGCCAACGUGGAGGAGGAGGAGGCCUGGAUCAGCGAGAAGUCUCAGCUGAUGUCGUCCGAAGACUACGGAGACACGAUGGCCGCUGUGCAGGGUCUGCUGAAGAAGCACGAGGGCUUCGAGACCAACUUCGCUGUUCACCGCGACCGCUGCAACGACAUCAAGACGUCGGACUACAAAGGUGGCAGCAGGCGUUAUAAUAAGUUCUUCUCUGCUAAUGAGAACUUUGACGCCGGGCUGUCGGCGUUCGAGCACGAGGGCAUCCAGAACAUCACCGCGCUGAAGGACCAGCUCGUCGAGGCCAACCACGAGCAGACGCCCGCCAUCCAGCGCCGCUACAACGAGGUGAUCGCCCGUUGGCAGCGCCUCCUCGCCGACUCUGACGCGCGCAAGCAGAAGCUGCUGCGCAUGCAGGAGCAGUACAGACAGAUCGAGGAUCUGUACCUGAUGUUUGCCAAGAAGGCAUCCGCGUUCAACAGCUGGUUUGAGAAUGCCGAGGAGGAUUUGACGGAUCCCGUCCGCUGCAACUCUAUCGAGGAGAUCAGGGCGCUGCGUGAAGCGCACGCGCAGUUCCAGGCGUCACUGUUGUCGGCCCAGGCUGACUUUGAGCAGUUGGCGGCGCUCGACCGCCAGAUCAAGGAGUUCAACGUCGGGCCGAACCCGUACACGUGGUUCACGAUGGAGGCACUGGACGACACGUGGCGCAACCUGCAGAAGAUCAUCAAGGAGCGUGAGACGGAGCUGGAGAAGGAGUACCAGAGGCAGGAGGAAAACGACAAGCUGCGUCGUCAGUUCGCCCAUCACGCCAAUGCAUUCCACGCUUGGCUGACCGAGACCAGGUCUUCCAUGAUGGAGGGUUCCGGCACACUGGAGGCACAGCUGGAGGCCACCAAGCGCAAGCUGGCCGAGGUGCGUUCUCAGCGCACACAGCUGAAGCAGAUCGAGGACCUGGGAGCACUGCUGGAAGAGCACCUCAUCCUCGACAACAGGUACACGGAGCACAGCACGGUGGGGCUCGCACAGCAGUGGGACCAGCUCGACCAGCUCGGCAUGCGCAUGGUGCACAACCUCGAGCAGCAGAUACAGGCGCGCAACAUGAGCGGCGUCAGCGAGGAAGCCCUGCGCGAGUUCUCGAUGAUGUUCAAGCAUUUCGACAAGAACAAGUCGGGCAAGCUGGACCACCAGGAGUUCAAGUCGUGUCUGCGAGCGCUCGGUUACGACCUUCCCGUAGUCGAGGAAGGCCAACCAGAACCCGAAUUCCAACUCAUCCUCGACACCGUCGAUCCGAACCGGGACGGGUAUGUGUCGCUGCAAGAGUUCAUGGCGUUCAUGAUCAGCCGCGAGACGGAGAACAUCAAGUCGUGCGAGGAGGUUCUCAGUGCGUUCAAGUCACUCACGAUGGGAGACAAGCCCUACGUUAUGGUCGAGGAGGUGUAUGCCAACCUCACACCGUCUCAGGCGGAGUACUGUGUCUCGCACAUGAAACCGUACAUCGACGAUCGCGGGCGAACCAUCCAGGGGGCACUGGACUACGUCGAGUUUUGCGAAUCGCUUUUCACAAACUAAGCUUUUGAAUGAAAGUCGUCGGUCGGCGUGUGCCACCGACGGCUUGGAAACAAAAUCCCCCGUUAUAUAGACUAUCCACAUUGUAUUAUUCAGGUUUUAGUGAUUUUACAUUUACAAGAGAAUUUAUUGGUGACUGGGCAACGUAUAGAGUGUAGCAGAAGGAGUCAUGUCCAUGAUGAAGAGUUGCGCAUAGGGUGGGUCAUAAUGGUCAUAAGGUGCGCAUAACGACCAAGGGUGUGGCACGUGUGAGUUUGAGUGUUUGCUGGUGGCUUGUAUUCUCUGUUUUAACGUGCGCUGCGAGAGGACAUCAUGUGUAUUCUUUUGAUACAUCCUAUAUGAAAUUGCCCACGGUUGUGCAACAUGUACUGGUAUAAUUUAAUUCAUUUACUCGAUCUCUCUUCUUAAGGAGAAUUGUCACGGUCAAGGUGGUUGUUUUGGUGUGUGCACGCUUUUUAGGCUAUAUGUAUUAGAAAAGUACGUGGGCUGUGGACCCACUGAUAGGUACCGUCUAAGAACCAAUGUUGUAAAGAUGGUUACGGCUUAGUGUGGUCCUUGCCCUGUUAGCCUAUCUACUAUUAGUAACUAGCUGCAAGUGUCCUUGCUGAGGUUACACUAGGGGGUCGUAGCCUCGCAAGAGUGCAUGAUGGUGGGAUUAGCAUAGCUGAUGGCAUGCAAUACUGCAUAGAUGCAAUGUUAUUCCUACAUCAACAAGAAACAUGUUUAAUCUAUAGAUAACUUUCGUAGUAUAUUUGCCUAGUAAUAACUUGUUCGCUCUCUCACACAGUGGUGCCUUGCACCACUCUCUGUGUGUGCGUUAUGUGCUUUGGGUAUGUUUUUAUUUUAUUUCUAUGUGCUGAUAGAUUACUUCCAUUCGUUAUGCUUUCCGGAUUGUUGGCGUGCGUCCUGUGACUUGCUCUGAGGUUUUGCGGGGGUUUGAGUAUCUUUCACUUGCUCUCAGUUGCAACGAUGGCGACUUGCAAAUGUCACGCAAGUGGCCUUUACUUGAUACUCUCCGGCUGAAGAGCUUUCUCUAUCCUCAGGACCUCGGCAAUCCUUUGCCUUCUGUACGGUUCGAGUGUGAAGCGGUUUUGACGCGUUGAGUGCGGCGGCUGGCUCACCGACUGAUACUUAAUCGAGUGAGCAGCACUUGCUGCUACGGCAGUACAGUGAACAUGGAGACUUAGGGUCGUCACGCGCGCGCUGACGGGCUGCUGCAACUGUCGUCACGAUGGCGACUGACGAUCGUUGCGUGCUGGCCCGGCGGCCGUGUGCGACUACCCAGCAAGUCACGGUGCCGGCAGCCGCCUCCAACCUAUACUGUAGUAGCUUUCUUCGUAUUAGCUUUCUUCGUGUCUUUCGUACCACCUUGAUGCGGCGUUGACUUGAUAAUGAAUAAUGUAAUCGUACUGUGUCCAUGUCUAUCUUAUAACUCGGCGUGUCUAUCGCGUUGUAGUUUCUAGCAGCAUUGCGGCUGUUCCUAUUGGCAUUCUCAAUAUUACUGUUUGGUGUAACAGCUGCAGCCUGCUACAGCCACCUUCCCUCUGGGAAUCGGCAUAGAAUCUAGUGAAACCAGUCCGCGAGCGGUUAAUUGAGGCAACGCGCGUUGUGAAUUGAUGCUGAAUCGGGAGGCAGUUGCGUUUUAAUUCGAAAGUCACCGUAAUUGGGUUGUGAUCGUCUUUGCAGUCGGUUGUGAUCAUUACACGAUGUGGAACUCCUGACUUCGCUGGUUGUGAUUGCUUCGGUGGUUGUGCGGCAAUUUUCCCGACAUUUUGGUGCUUUUCAGUGUUCGAAUUUUACCGGUAAUAAAGUUUUGGCUUCUCUUAAUUGA